UCCUCAUCGCACCACAAAAAUAUCACUUGCAGCGCCUUCCGUCCCGAUCUCGCGCACCUCAUCCCUCUUCGCUAUCUCGCAUCCUCCACCGCCGGCGAGGGUUUCGCGGAGCUUCCUCAUCUAUGGCUUUCGCCUUCUCCUUAGACCUACAGUUCGUCUGUCGACCUCACUUCUCCUUCCGUUCCAGCGCUCCGUUGCCGUCCCUCCUCCCUCUCCGCCGCCGUCGAGACCUCUUUGGGUUGGACAGCGGCCGCCCCUCUCCGGAUUACCUCCGUGGAUCCUUAUACGUCAGAGCUGGACUCUCUCCGCAUCUUCCUGACUUCGAGGCCACCGAGGGGCUCGCCCGAGAGCUGUUUGGCCGAGUGGAGGGUCUGCUCUACACCAUCGCUGAUGCGGCCGUCUCCUCCUCCGAUGUCGUCGAGAAAAGCUCGAAGCAGAGUGAUGACUGGUUGACGGGAAUCACUAAUUACCUCGAGACUGUACUCAAGGUCUUGAAAGAUGGAUUAUCCUCAUUGCAUGUUCCUUAUUCAUAUGGAUUUGCAAUUAUUCUACUGACAAUUCUUGUAAAGGCAGCUACAUUUCCUUUGACAAAAAAACAGGUUGAGUCAGCACUUGCGAUGCGAGCAUUGCAACCUCAAAUUAAGGCUAUUCAACAGCGUUAUACUGGAGAUCAGGAAAGGAUACAACUGGAGACUGCCCGCCUCUAUAAACUAGCUGGUAUAAACCCUUUGGCUGGAUGCCUGCCUACCUUGUUAACUAUACCUGUAUGGAUUGGACUGUACAGGGCUUUGUCAAAUGUUGCUAAUGAGGGACUCCUUACUGAAGGUUUUUUCUGGAUACCUUCUUUGUCUGGUCCUACUACAAUUGCAGCCCGACAAAGUGGCAGUGGAAUUUCUUGGCUUUUUCCUUUUGUGGAUGGUCAUCCACCUCUUGGAUGGUCAGACACAUUUGCUUAUCUGGUUUUGCCAGUUUUACUAGUUAUCUCACAAUACAUAUCCUCACAGAUCAUGCAGUCAUCACAGGUUAAUGAUCCCAGCCAACAGAAUGCUCAAGCUGUAACAAAGUUCCUUCCUCUGUUGAUUGGCUACUUUGCUCUUUCAGUUCCUUCAGGCCUCAGUUUAUAUUGGCUGACAAAUAAUAUUUUGAGCACUGCGCAGCAAAUAUGGCUUCAAAAGCUUGGAGGUGCUAAGAAUCCAGUUCAAGAUUACAUAAAUAUUACAACCAGAGAUGAUAGCUCCACUAGACAGAAGACUAUUUCUACUGCACAGAAGACUGUUUCUGAUGUAGGAGCUGAUUUGUCAAACCCCAGUCAAGGCCAACAAAAUGAAAUAACAGGCGGAUUACGUCCUGGUGAAAGGUUCAAGCAAAUCAAGGAGGAAGAAGCACGUAGGAGAAAACAAAGGGAAGAAGCAAAGAAGAGAGCUCUCGAGGCAACUGAACAUUCUGAUAUAGCCAUCAAGCAGAUAAGCUUGGAAGCCACAUCAAUUGAAACUAGUGAUGAACCCAUUGAGAAUGCAGAUAUACAGGUCCUAAAGAAGGAAAAGGAAGUGCAUUUGUCUGUGACUGAAAAUGGAGGGCUCAAUUCCAAAACUAGGAUGUCCAAUGAAGAUAACAUAGGAACUGGGAAUGUUAUAAAGGAAGAAACUGCUAGUUUGACCAGCGAGCGGACAUCACAGUCCCCCCUUGAUGAAAGAGAAAGAGAUUAAAUUUCAUCGGUCAACAUCUUCUCACAAAGUAAAUUGCAUACAUCAAAGUGUUUCUUGUAUUAACCUGAAAGCAGAAAGGGCUGUCAAUUUUUCUUUGCCAAUUUUACUGGCAGAAUUUCACUGUAGUCAUGACCACCCUAUUAUGCACGGCAAAUUGCUCCAGCUGUCUUUAGUUCUUCAUCAUGUAGAUAUAAAGUUUUGUAGCUCCUACUGUAACAUUUAAACAUUAUGCUCAUCAUCCAUCCAGGCAACUGGUCAUUUUGUUGUAUAUAGAUAGCCAUAAUUUUGUCUUUGUAACUUUCCCUGUUUGGCAAGCUGAGUUACUGAUGUGCACCUGGUGACUGAUUGUUCUGCUACACAAUUUCUAAGUUGACUCGAAUUUCAGGUUAGAUUUGUGGUCGCAUGCUUUCUGUCAUUGCUAUAUUUGAGCACAAAGUUAUGCAACUGAAUGAAAGAUGAAAAUUCUAUCUUUAUUUUUCUCCUGUUGUGAUAUUGCUCAUGCUUUGUCUUUUCACAAGGUGCUGUCUGAUCUUACUCUUGAUUUACAGGGUGCUGUCUGAUCUUACUUUUGACUUGCAGGCUUCUCCCAGGCAGAAACACGUUGGAUCUAACUCUUUUGAUUUAGAAACAGCUAGUGGAUAAAAACAUUUUUUUAUUCUGUUCCUGUUAUGAAAUGAGUUUGCCUACUUGGAUCACACUAUUUCAAAUGUUGAUGACCCUUGCUUCCGUACAUAUCACUGAAUCAUGUUUUGACUUUGCUUUUUUUA